CCUUUUAGUCAGUCACAUGGUUUCUUUUCCGCUCUCCCGUGACAGUUUGGAGCAAAUAAUCGCAGCACAAGGCGUGUCAUGCCCCCGUGUUGUUAUUGGGCAUAUUCCUUCGCGGGCCCCAGCUCACAGCUCGGUGCCGAACACCGUCCCGAGACGACAACAGCCAGCACCAAGUGGACGUAAAGCGGACAUCAAACUCAAGCAGGAAGUGGGCCACUGUUUGUCGAGUGACCGUCGCGGCAAACUGAGUAAGCGGCCAUGUCAAACGAACGUAGCCCCCUCAUCACUUCAGGGGUGUGCGGUCUGAGCAUGGCAGUGGCGACCUGCGGCACCGUAGUGGACACGUCCCCUGACUGCACCUCUCGGACGCCGAGUAAAGAGCCCAGAAAGCUCAACACAUUUUUCGGUGUGAUGGUGCCGACCAUCCUCUCCAUGUUCAGCAUCGUGUUGUUUCUGAGAACGGGUUUUGUUGUUGGCCACGCGGGGCUCCUGCAAGGCCUUCUGAUGGUGGUGGUCGCCUACAUCAUCAUCACGCUUACCAUCCUAUCGAUCUGCGCAAUUUCUACCAACGGGGCCAUACAGGGAGGCGGCGCUUACUACAUGAUCAGUCGAUCACUGGGCCCUGAGUUUGGAGGAAGCAUUGGUUUGAUGUUCUUCUUAGCCAAGGUGUUUGCGUGUGGAGAAUACGUUCUUGGUCUGGUGGAGGCUAUUCUUGAUGUGUUUGGCAUGGAUGCAGAAACAUCUAUGUCCGAAGGCGUGCGCGUGCUCCCUCAAGGUUACUGGUACACUGUGCUUUACUCGUCGGUGAUCCUCCUGCUGUGUCUGGUGGUGUGUCUGGUGGGCGCCCACAUCUACUCCCGGAUGGCCUUCGGCAUCCUGCUGCUGGUCACCGUCUCGCUGCUGUCCGUCUUCGUCAGUUCUGUGGCCGUCAAACCUCUGGAUUUUGUCAUCAGUCACCCGGGUCCUGGCAAUCAGACCCUGCGUUACAACGCCAGCUACACCGGCUUUAACGUGACCACACUGAAGAACAACCUGGGCUCUGGUUACUCACUGGACUACAGCACCAACACGGUCAUGUCGUUUGCCACCGUGUUCGCCAUUAUGUUCACCAGCUGCACUGGAAUCAUGGCUGGAGCCAACAUGUCAGGGGACCUGGAAACACCAAGUGUGUCCAUCCCCAAAGGAACCAUCGUGGCCGUCAUUUACACCUUCAUCGUCUACAUCCUAUUCUUCCUGUUGGUCAGUGCCACUUGUGACAGAACUCUUUUGAUUCAGGAUUAUGGUUUCCUCCAGCGAAUUAACAUCUGGCCACCGUUUGUGACCAUUGGGAUAUACUGCGGUGCUCUGUUUGCCGCAAUGUGCUCCAUGAUAGGAGCAUCCCGUAUCCUGCACGCUCUUGCUGUGGACCAACUCUUUGGUUUGCCAUUAGCACCUGCGACGAUCACUACAAGCUCGGGAAACCCGUGGAUGGCAGUGCUUUAUACGUGGGGGCUGGCACAGGGUGUGGUGUUUGCAGGCCAGCUCAAUGCCGUCGCCAGCUUGGUGACCGUUUUCUACUUGCUUGCCUACGCAGCUGUUGACCUCGCUUGUUUGGCGCUUGAAUGGGCAUCGGCCCCAAAUUUCAGGCCAACCUUCCAGUUUUUCUCGUGGCACACAUGUCUGCUCGGGAUCCUGAGCUGCUUAGUCAUGAUGUUCGUCAUCAACCCCGUCUACUCAUCGGGCAGCAUCGUCCUCCUGUUGCUUCUGCUGCUUUUCCUCCACUACCGCUCUCCCACCAGCAGUUGGGGCUACAUCAGCCAGGCCCUCAUCUUCCAUCAGGUGCGCAAGUAUCUACUGAUGCUGGAUGUGAGGAAGGACCACGUGAAGUUCUGGAGGCCGCAGGUGUUGUUGAUGGUGGCCAAUCCGCGCUCUUCUUGCCAGCUCAUCCUGUUCGUCAACCAGCUGAAAAAGGGAGGACUCUACGUGCUGGGCCACGUCCAGCUCGGAGAUCUGGAUUCGCUGCCGUCAGACCCCGUGCAGCAGCAAUACAACUUCUGGCUGAGCUUAGUCGACAAGCUCGGGGUGAAGGCCUUCGUCGACUUGACGCUCUCGCCGUCUGUCAGACAAGGAACGCAGCAUCUUCUACGCAUCACAGGCCUCGGCGGCAUGAAGCCCAACACUCUGAUCUUGGGUUUCUAUGACAGCUGCACCCCCGAGGACUUCUUCCUCCAAGAUACCGCCUUCUGUGGCACAUCCGUAGGACAAGGCCCAGAGGGCGAGUAUAAUUUCGGGGUUGACCUGCCUUCUUUACAGGCCCAUUUCCCUCCCGUUCGACACGUCGAGAGCCCUCGCUGGCUCUCCCCCGAAGAGUACGUGGGGAUCAUCGCCGACGCUGUCAAAAUGAACAAGAACGUGUGCCUCGGCCGCUAUUUUUUCCACUUGGAGGGCGAAGGGAAGCAGAGCAAAGUGGACGGCUCGGAGCGGACUAUCGACGUGUGGCCUCUCAACCUGCUGCAGCCGGGCUGUCGAGAUUAUCAGGACGUGUGCAGCCUCUUUUUGCUGCAGAUGGCCUGCGUGCUCAACAUGUCUAGCAAGUGGCGCCACGCCCGAAUGAGGAUCUUCCUCAACGUGGAGACGGAGUCCAGCGACCAGGGAUGGGUGGUCGACGAGGAGACCUUUCGUGAGUUGCUCAAGAAGCUUCGCAUCCGAGCGUCCAUCAAGAUCGUCCCGUGGGACUCGGUGGUGCAACACCACGAUCAGACGGCUACCGAGGGCGGUAAGGAGCAGAGCCACGCCCUCUCUGACCACUUCCUCUCUGCGGUGAACUCGAUGUUGAUGGAGCACAGUUCUCAGGCUGCCGUUCGCUUCCUCUAUUUACCGCGGCCCCCCGCUCAUCACAGCCAUUCCCAGACGUACUUGGCCCAGCUGGAAGCGGUGACCAACGGUUUGGGUCCGACGCUCCUCAUCCAUGGCGUCACCCCGGUGACCUACACGGAUCUUUAAAUCUUGCCUGACUGUUUAUAUACUGUAUAUAUAAGCACCGGUUCCACGUGGAUGCAAUGUUUCAACAAAGCUUACACUCGACAGACACUUGAUUUGAUAGACCAAAUGCGAUCCGGUGCAAGCGACGGGUUAAAAGUUCGGCCUCUGCAAAAGAGUAAUGCUCGCUUUCGAUUGACAUUCUCAGAGCGGUUGAUUAUUUCACACUUAACAUAUUUAUUGUGGAUGUAGUGAACAUAGUGUCCACCAAAUGCAGUGUCUGGUGAGCGUAUGACACUUACUGUACACAGUGUGUUACUCUUAGCCGAGUGUAAAUACGCACUUUUGAUGAUCUCACAUUCUCGUAGGAUACGUUCCUACUUUCAUGCACUUGAACUGCUUCGCUGAUUAAAACGAUGUUUACCGUCCUAACUUAUCGUACCGUCUGCUGACCGUUCGGGUUGACUGUGUUACAGAGCCUUAAAUACAAAAACCACAAUUUUGACCAAUUCAGGUCCUUUAAAUAUAGAAAUGCCCAAAUAUUGAGGCACAUUUUCAGGGAUGUCAUUCCGAAUUUUGUGGUAUUUAAAAGACAAUGAUAAUAGUAUAUUGUCUGUUUUAAUGGAUUAAUUUAUUUAAAUUUUUUUUUGCGGGACCCAGUGAUAUCAAGUCUUUUUUUUUUUUGGAGCUUAAUUGAUUGGAUUCAUCGAUGUUACCUCAAAUGAGUUGAGCUUUUUCAGUAUUUAUGCAAGAAUUGGGAACAACUCUGGGUGUCUUGACUUCUGGUGGAUAUUUUGUUGGCAUUCUUUUGCUUGAAGGUGCAAAACAUUCAAAUUCAGCCCGAGAUGAGACACCAGGACCAACGAUAUGGAUCAAAUUAGGUCAAAAUUGUAAAACAAAGGUUACUCGGUUAUUGUACCACCACCACAAAGUCGCUAAUACAAUUUCUUGUGUUUGUGUUGUCAGUUGUGUUUAACGUCGCAUGUUACCUCAUUACAAACCGAAAACUGCCUAAAAAAAAAAA